UCGAUUGUAAAGAAUUAAUAAAAUAAUUCGAUAAAAAAUUAAACUACCAGAGAGAGCGCAAAUCGCAGUGACUUCAAUCGUAUAUACAGUAUUGAUCAAUACAUUAGAGUAGUUCACGGAUGUUGAUUAUAUGUCGUGUUAGACAUAAAAAUCUGUUAGCGGAUAAAAAUGUAGAUAAUUUUAGAAAUUUAAUAUUAUUUUAUUAAAGGCAGCUCUUUCUCUAUCUUUCUCUUUUUUCUCUUUCUCGUUUUUUCACUAUUUAUAAUUUUUUUAAAUAGAAAUUCUUAAUCUUCUGAGAAGUUAGAAAAAAAAGGAGUGAAAAUAAGAAAUUGUUUAUUUCAUAAUGAUUUUUUUCAAGACCGCUUUAUUUUUUGGACUUCUAAUACUCGUAAGUGCUGGACGAGAAUAUCAAAAGAAAGACAUAAUUGCUCUCAGAGAAGAAGUGCGAUCUAUGUUUGAUCAUGCAUAUUCUAGUUAUUUAACUUAUGCAUACCCUUAUGACGAAUUGAGAUCACUUAGUUGCGAUGGUUUUGAUACAUGGGGUAGUUUUUCAUUAACGUUGAUCGACGCUUUAGAUACUUUAGCUGUUAUGGGAAAUUUUUCAGAAUUUCGUCGUGUAGCUGAGAUAAUAAGUGAUAGGGAAAAUUUUGAAGCUAAUAUUAAUGUAUCUGUUUUUGAAACAAACAUACGAGUGGUUGGUGGACUUUUGAGUGCUCAUUUGUUGUCACGCAAAGCUGGUGUACCUUUAGAACCAGGAUGGCCAUGUAAUGGUCCUUUGUUACGUCUUGCUGAAGAUAUGGCUAAAAGAUUACUUCCUGCCUUUGAUACACCAACAGGAAUGCCAUAUGGAACUGUUAAUUUGAAAUAUGGAGUUCCUGAAGGAGAAACAAGCAUUACAUGUACAGCAGGCAUAGGCACCUUUCUUUUGGAAUUUGGAACACUUUCUCGCUUAACUGGUGAUCCUCUUUAUGAAGAAGUUGCUAUGAAUGCUUUAAAAGCAUUAAAUCAUUAUAAAUCUAAUAUUGGAUUAGUUGGUAAUCAUAUUGACGUUUUGACUGGUCAUUGGACUGCUCAGGAUUCUGGAAUUGGUGCAGGAAUUGAUUCAUAUUUUGAAUAUUUAGCAAAAGGCACGCUAUUGUUCCAGGAUCCAUGGUUAGCUGCAAUGUUUCAUGAACACAAAGCUGCUAUUGAAAAAUAUAUUCGCAGAGAGGAUUGGCAUUUAUGGGUUUCUAUGACAAAAGGUCAAGUGACCUUACCAGUGUUUCAAUCUUUAGAUGCUUAUUGGCCUGGUAUAUUAAGUCUGUUUGGAGAAAUUGCAGAUGCCAUGAAAUCUUUACAUAAUUAUCAUCGUGUUUGGAAACAAUUUGGCUUUACUCCAGAAUUUUAUAAUAUUCCCCAAGGUGAAGCUGGAACAAAUCGAGAAAGUUAUCCAUUAAGACCAGAACUUAUAGAAUCUGUGAUGUAUUUAUAUAGAGCAACUGGAGACCCAUAUCUAAUUCAAGUAGGAGUUGAUAUACUUAGAAGUUUACAACAUAGUGCCAAAACUAAAUGUGGUUAUGCAACUAUUAAUGAUGUACGUGAUCAUCGAAAAGCAGAUAGGAUGGAAUCUUUUUUUCUUGCUGAAACAACAAAAUAUCUUUAUCUUCUUUUUGAUCCAGACAAUUUUAUUCAUAACAAUGGACAACAAGGGGAUGUAAUAAAAACACAAUGGGGUCAUUGUAUUGUUGAUUCUGGUGGAUAUGUUUUUAAUACAGAAGCACAUCCCAUUGAUCCUGGUGCACUAUAUUGCUGUCGCAGGAUACAAAAUAUGUUACCGGAUAAAAUAACUUCAGAUAAAUUUUUUACAAAAUACGAUUUAAAAGAAGAAUACAAUACAAAAGAUACAAUUCAUAAAGAUGAUAAUAUAAAUAAAAAUGAAACCAAUAAUUUUGUUGAAAUAAUAAAAUUAUCACAAUUGAGACAUAAACCUACAAAUGAAGUAAAAGAUAAAAAGUAUGAAAAUGUUGAAACAUUAUUUAUGCAAGAAUUUCUUUCUGAAAAUGUUUCAAAAAGUGAAGAUGAAACUAAUAAAAAUAAAACGCCUCAUUCUGAUUCUGCAAAGAUGCAAGUUAUAGCAGAACCAAAUGUAAUUUAUAAAGCUGACGAUAGUGAAACUACAGAUACUUUUGAGACAUCUAUUACUUCAAAUGACCAAUAUGAUUCUGCAACAGUUCAGAAUAAUUCAAAAUUAUCUAAGAAAGCAAUUAGCAAUCAAAUUACAAGAUUUGAACCACAAAUUAUGUUAGAAAAUAUUAGAAAAAAAAAUAUGUAUCCAACAAAUACUACAGCAAGAUUGAUGUAUCAGACUUUGUCCUGUCAGUCGCAAUCAUUCCUACAACGAAUAUCUAUUAUAGGAGAAUUCUUUUAAUAUUUAUUUAAAAAAUUUUACUUGUAUAAUUUUUAGUUUUUCAUUCUAUUCGUUCAGUAAAUCUUUCUUUUUAAUUUUAUUGUUAGUUUAAUCGUAUUAAAAAAAUAUUUUUUUUUAAUAAAAAAAAAAAAAAAAAAAAAAAAAAACAAAAAAAAAAAAAAAAUUCAUUUUUGAAGAUACAUAUAUAUAUAUAUAUCUGUUGUAUAGUAGUUCUUAAUCCGGACUCUAAUAACUAUAAGAUAAUAAUUGUUAUUUGAAAUAUAAAAAAUAUAUUGCAAUAUUGUAAUGUCAAAAAUUUCAUUGAUCAAUGUAGAAUAGAGGCUAAAUAUUUUCAUUGUAUUUGUAAAGAAAUUCAUUAUUGACUUUAUCUGUGAUAAGACAAUUUUUUAUAUAGAAAUACUGAUAAAGUCGUUAAUGAGCUUCCAAGUGAAUAUUAGUAAAUAUGUAAAUAUUAAGAAAUAUUAAGUAUGUUAUAAUUAAAAUUAUUUAACAGAAUUGACGAAUUCGUACGCAGAUAUACGAAUUGAAAAAGUAUUUAAAAUUGAAUAUUUAUAAGCUUUUUUAAAUAGAUGCUUUUUUGUUAUAAUUAUUUUCACCAUGCGUUUAUUUUUGUGAAAAUUUAUCUAUCGUUUAUAUUUUGUUUCGUAACUAAUCAACACAGAAUUCUGAUUAAUAAUAUCAUAAAUCAAUAUUAUUUAAAAAUUUUGCCCUAAUUUUUGACUAUAGAAUAUCGUAAGCAUGUUGACCCGUACUAAUAUACAUAUGCAAUUACAAACUUCAUUAAUGAAGAGAAUUAACACAUUAAUGACAGGUAUAAAUUAUAAAUAGUUUCAGGAAUACAUUAGCAAUUUUAUGGAGUAUGUUUUGAUUGAUGAUAAUAAAUGAUAUUUAUAUCAAGAAUAUAUGUAAUAUCCGUAGGCAAUAUGAGAGCAACAAAAAGUUCGGAAGUAAAGAAAGAAGAAUCGGAACGUAUGAAACAAUUUCAUGAGAAACUUAAAUUAGAACCAAUACCACGUGUACAACCAGGUGAACGUUUCGUCGAUUUGGUUUUGACGGAAACUGAUCCUGAAACUGGAGAAUUAAUCACAGAUAGCGAAAAGGAACCAACCAAAUGGGGUGAUUGGCAAAUUGGUGGAAGGCUAACACAUCCCGCAUCAUCAUAUUUCUGAGUGUCCAUAAGGCAUUCACCACAUUUCCAUGGUUGCCCACACCAUUGCCCAACCAUUCAGCAGGUAAUUUUGUUAUAUCAGGAAUUUGGGUAUUUUCAGGAGUAGCAUUCAUUUGUUUAUCCCAAUUUGAUAUGUACCGGUUUUCUACAUUUAGUCCUUCAAUAUACCUGCGGAUCAAUUGUGAUAUUAUAUAUUUAUGUUAUUUAUUUAAGUUUGAUCUCGUUUAAGAAUUAAUUUUAUGUUAGUAAUGUGAAUCAAUAUUAAGUAAUUAUAUUCAUUAUAAUGAUUGUACAUUUUUAUAAUGUACAGUUUUACCGUAAAUAUGCAUCCGAAUGUAAUACUCUACUCGGUCUUGGAGGAACAGCAACGAACAUUGGUUCAGGCUGUUUGGUAGCUGGUAUAUUACUGGUUUGUGUUGCUGCAGCCGAUGUUUCUAAUGCAUAUCGAUUAUGAAAUAAUAAAUAUUUUCUAGCAUUUUUUUUAACAUUUAUUAAAUACUCUUUACCUGUUUCCAUUGGUGGAAGUAUCGUAGGACCUUUCGAAGCCAUGUAGUUUCUGAAAAAAUGUGAAUUAAUGAAAACUCUUUAAAUUUAUAAAUUAAAUAUAUUUUAUAAAAUAGUAGAAUUCGUACUUGCUCCUUUCAGACGGUGGGAUGAUACGUCCAUUUGCUUUAAGAAUAUGCACUUCUUUAACGUGUCUUGCAAGUCUCUGUACACUCGGAAAUGGUGGUACAGAUUUUUUAGUACGACCACAACCACGCCAUUGACAUUGAAAAUCAACAUCUAUUGAAUACAAUGAACGGUAUAUUGUAGAUUAUAAUAUUAUUUGGUAUGAUUCCUUGAGUAUUUCUUAAGCAUUUACCAGGAGCAGCAUUUGUAAAAGAUGAUUGUACAUGUCCAUUUUGUUCAGCGAUACAAUGAUCAAUGCAAUCAGUCAUAUCUUCAAAUUGCCAAUCACAGUUGUCCCAACAACAUUCAUAUACUACAUCUUGUAAAGCAUUUGAUCCAACUGUAAUAGAUGAUCCUUUUAAUUGUCCUCCAUCUUCAUUCAUUUUAAUAGCUCUUUCUUCCCAAGCUUGUUUCUCUCCUGCUGGUAGUUUUCUCCACUGAAAUAUAUAAACCAUUAUUUACUAUUUAUAAUAUUUUUUUUUUUUGGUUUAUGUACAUCAUAAAAAACGAAUUUGAAAGGGCGAUUAAGUAUGCGAGUGAACUCAUUUCAAUAUUCUUAAAUACAUGUAUAUAUAUGUAUAUUUUAUGUAUACACACGUUCAUUCAGAUUAAUUAUUAUACUGCAUACUUUUACUCCUUAAAAUAUUUUUUUCUAAUAAAAUAGAAAAUAAUUAUGAAUAAAGAAAUAAAUACCUCAUUGCCAACUAUUCUGCUAAUCUCUCCAAAGGAUGACUCAGGAUUGUUUUGCGUAAUCUGCGUUCGCAUUUUACUUGAAUAUAAAAUAUAGCCCGUAACUAAUUUUUUACCCGCCGUUUUCUAAACAGAAGAAAACAAAUUAUAAUGUCAUCGUACAUGAACAAAUAUUGCCUGUAUACCUUCAAGAAGAGCACAUCCAAUUUUGGAUCUAAUGUUGUUAGAGAACGAAAAUUCAAUGGUGCAAAAACACAAAGUAUGCUGGCAUAUUUUUUUAAAUAAAAAUAAAGUGUAAAAAUGAAAAUAUAACACGUGACAAUUUGGUAAGCAAAUAAUUUCAAUGUAAGGCCUACCUUUUUAGAUGAUACAGGUGUCUGAAUAUUGGAGAGCACCGGUUGAGCUUCAGUAGAUCCAACGGACGGUGGACCACCAGCAUCCAUGCUGUCCUCCCCAACUCCUACUCCUACUCCCACUCCUAAUCCUACUCCCAUGCCUAGUACAUCAGGUUCCAGCUUCGGUAACAAUGGCGAUGCUUCCUAUACCAUUUAUGUUUUGUUACCUUCAUUAUCCGUUACCGAAUGUUAUGUUAUUUGUUAAGUCUUCAAUAUAUAAUCUUACACAAUAUUACAAACAACGGAAUACAUUUUAACAUAGGCUUUGCAAUUGUUAUCCUUUUGUAUUAAAAUAUGCAUUAUGUAUUGAAUUUAACUAUUUUCUUUCCAAUAAAACAGCUCAAGCCCCAAGAGACUAUAUAUAUAUGUAUAUUAAAAAAAAAAUAUAUAUAUAUAUAUAUAUUAUUUUAAAAAUAUGAUAUAUCAAUUCAAUUUUAAUUUGCAGUAUAAAGAUUAGUAUCUUAUGCACUCCAUUUAAAGCAAUUUUUUUCAUUUCUACAUGUGUGUGAAUUAGGUUAGAGCGACAUGGAAGCAAGAACUUUUGGUGGUGUUGUAUAUCUAUUACAUAUUUAACAAUAUAAACCCAACAGGUGCUCUGAAUUUCUUCCUUGUAUCUAAAUUAUUGCUCACCCUAUAAGUGCUAUGUGUAAAAACAUAACUGCACAUAAUAAUAAAAGAAAAUAAAUAUGCCGGCAUAAAAUAACAUCAUGCAUAUUGACAGAUUGAUACAUCAAUAUAUAUUAAGAAUAAUAAUUUUUUUUUCUUUUAUUUAUCUUUUAAUUUAUUAAUAAUUUAAUUAUAUUGAAAGUUAAUUUGUUGUAUCAAUCCGUGUGGUAUUAAAUACAUGCAAUUUUGACGUUGCUUCCCUCAGGAUAGAUAGUACAAUUUUGUAAAUUAGUAAUUACCAUUUCAAACUGAGCUGAACUGGGCGUGACGGACUUGACUUGAUUUUGCGUCUGAGCCACGUCACCCGGAACCUACAACACACGCAUUACAUGCCAAGCAAUAAUUUUAUAGUUAGUUGCGUAUAAGAAGGAAGCUGUACAUUGUUAUUUUUGAUCUAUCUGAUUUUAAGGUGUCAUUAAUAUUUAAGUUAAUAUAUUCUACAUGGAAGUGCACUCACUUUAGCAGGAUUAAUUGGUCUCCGGAAGAAAUAAAUUUCAUCUUCUGUAACGGUA